CGCGCUUGCGCAUAUCUCACCGACAUGUGCGUCACCUUCCUUAGAGCAGCAUUCGACACAGAAAGGAUAAUAACAAAGUCUAUACGGAUGAUAACCACUCUUAAGAAAUUAUUUCCAAGUCAGGCUAUUCAAGCCCUUUUUAAAGCUUCUACAUGGAUCUUUUUAUCAGGCAUUCUAUCUCAUUGUACAUUGGUUGGAGCCGAAGAGGAGUGUUUAUUUUCUAGAAUCUGGUGCUACGAGUGUGACACAUGGUCUGAUCACCGAUGCAAAGAUCCAUUUAAUGCAACCGCUCAUCCCCAAGAUCUUCCACCCCUCAAAAGAUGCGAAGGAUGUUGUGUAAAAAUUAUUAUGAAUGGAGAUGGAUCAAAUACUGUUCGACGUACUUGCACUUCCAAUCUUCAGAUAAAUCUUUUUUUAGUUGAUCAUGUUUGUAUGUUGGAAUCUGAAGGAAAAGGUCUUAUGUGUUUCUGCGAGAGUGAUGCCUGCAACUCGACACCGCAAGUUCAGUUUUCAUUUACAAUUUUGAUUUGUGCCUUUAUAUUUUUUAAACUUUAUGCAGCUUUUAAUACUUAGUUUAAAGACUACCCUCAAAAAUCAAGUUUUGAUGUGAAAACAAAAUUCUAUAAAAGCUGAUUUUAAAUUUUCUCAGAAACAUAGCCAAAAGCUAUCCCACCUAAUAAUUAUUUCUAUGAAACGAUAUAUUUUAAGUGCAGAUGUAUCGCCUAUGUUUAUGAAUAACAUUUAUAAUUAGUGGUGAGAUGUAAUAUUUUUAGAUACAUUUCAAUUUAAUUUUGUAUCAAAUGGUUGAAGCAAAUUCGUAGAAAUUGUUUUUAAAUAUCAAUGGCCAAAAAAGUGCUUGGACCAUAAGUUUAAUAUACGUUUCUCUAGCACAAUAUUAAAUCUUAAUGUAAGGCAAGUUAGGAAGAGA